GAAGCAGCAGCAACAGCGGAUUUGCGCGUCGGCGACAUAUAAAAUACAGCUUAUUAAUGUAAAAAAAAGUGUGUACCUAGGCAUACGCGAGUAAAAUAGGCGGAUUUGGGUUAACACAACGACCAUUGAUAGCGCGCAUCUCGCCAAAUUGCUACUUCGGUAGCGCGCUCACAAUCACUAAUAAUCGUUAACGACGACACUCCGCUCAGCGCGCGCUCACACCUACACUAUAGCACUUGCGCGUACGCGCCGCUUAGUGCGCUCACCGCUCAGGCCACCCAGCGCCAGUCGCACGACCGCAAAGCCAAAGAGACCAACCACAAGAUACACAUCAGCCACACAAUUUACAUCCGCCUUUGUAAGCUGGGAGGCAAUAAACCAGCAAGCGAACACAGACAGACGAAGGCGUCGGCAGCACAACGCAUCAGCUGAGCCGUACACAGUCUAGCUGUGGACUAGGUGGCUACCUACCACACCACAAAGAGGCGCUGAGUCUUCAGUCUGCCAAAGCGUUCGUCUCAAGUUGGUGCUGCAUGCGAAAAAGCACAAAGCGGAGAAUAAACAUUUCCUAAAAUACAAAUAAUUAAAUAGUAAUGCAAAUAAAUAAAUAAUUUUGUGUGCUGCUUUGUUGUCAUUAAAUUAAUUUCUGCUUGGCGUUCGGUGCUCGCGAGCAGAGACGCGCAAAACGUGUGGCGCGUUGGAAGAAACAAGAAGAAACGUACGCGUGUUGAAGAGAAUUAAUGUGUUCGAAAUUAUAACAAAAACAAUGCCGCGCGUGUGUAUGUGUUGCGCCAUAAAUUAAACAAAAUACGAAAGACGCCAGAAAAGCUGGCGCUCCAACUGAAAAUAAGCAUAUCAAUAAAUGAGCCAAGGGCGGCGCAGUGUUGAGUUUACAAGCAGUGUGUGCAUUUUACAUAUCGAGAUUAGGGCCAAGCGCAGCAAAUUCUUCUAAAAGUGUGUUUAUUGGAAGUAAAUAUAAUUCGAGCGUUUUGUGUCGAAGCAAUCAAGCACUAUAGUGGCGAUCAGCAGAGCUGUCCAAAGAAGUGCUGUAAGCUAGUUCCAGCGCGGCGCGGCGGUCACAUCAGAGUAAACAACACUCUGGCAGCCUCAGCGCAAAAUUUCUACUUCAGUCAAAUGUAGCAACCGUUAAAACUACAGAAAUACAAGACUAAUACAGUAAAAUAUGCCGGGCGGCUUUUUCUAGCGCGAAAACCAAUUCUAAACGACGAUUAUGCCAUGUAAAUGCCACGGAAAGUGAAGCGAUUUAAGUGUACAAUAUUUGCGAGGCAAGAGUAACAAUCAAAUUGAAUAAAUUAUGAGUGAAUUGUAGACGAAAGUCAUUGUGCGCGCUAUGUGAAGUUUUGUCGCGUUACAAAUGGUCGUUAACUCGCAAAACGUUAGCUAAUGAGCUCAAGGAAAUAAAAAAAAAAUCAACUAAACGUGCAAUAGAAAAAGCUUAAAGUGUAAAAGAAGCUAAAUUGUGCAAAUAUCCACAAAAAAGAAUAAAAGAAAAGAAUAUUAAAAAUCUUUAAAAAUUAAAACUAUUGUUUAGUAAGCGGUUUGCUUAAACAUGGAUGAGGAAAAGUUAAACACGCCGUUAGUGUCGAAGGAGACAUCCGACAGCGCGAUUAUCGUGCCACAAGCCGCCGCCGUGGCCACCGGCGCAGCGACAACAGCCGGUGUGGGCGACAAUGACACACCGAUUCAGCAAAGACAAGCUGCCGCUGCCGCCGCCGCCACUACAAAUGCAGCCAGCGAAGCGCUGAAUGGCACAGCCACAACCAAUGUCAAUUUGAAUGCAAACACUCAGUUGAGCAUAGCAGCGCCAGCGUUGUUGCAACCGCAACCGCCACAACAACUACCACUACUGCCCUACAGCAACCAUACAAAUUUUGUUGGCAACAAUCUGAAGAAUGGCGCGCUAAGUCACAACUCGCAAAAUAAUCUAUGCAAUGGCGGUAUUCCCAGUCAAAAUCACAUACUCGCACCAAAGAUACAGAACAGCUGCAGUCCAAAUGGUCACAAGAAAGGCACCGUCACACUGUCACACCUGCCACAGCGGCCGCCAGUCGACAUCGAGUUUGCUGAUAUUUCAUAUUCCGUCUCAGAGGGACGAAAGCGCGGCUUGAAGACCAUACUGAAAAGUGUAUCGGGCAAGUUUCGCAAUGGCGAACUCACCGCCAUCAUGGGACCGUCCGGUGCGGGGAAGAGUACACUUAUGAACAUUCUGGCCGGCUACAAAACAUCGCAGCUGAGCGGCUCGGUCAUGAUCAAUGGCAAAGAGCGUAAUCUGCGGCGUUUUCGUAAACUUUCCUGCUACAUCAUGCAAGAUGAUAUACUCAUCCCAAAUCUCUCAGUGCAUGAAGCCAUGAUGAUCUCGGCCAAUCUAAAGUUGGGCAAAGAUAUGAAUUUGGCAGCCAAACGUGUAGUUGUACACGAGAUACUCGAAACGAUUGGUUUGAAGGAUUCCAGCAAUACGAAGACCUGCAAUCUGUCGGGCGGACAACGUAAACGACUCUCGAUCGCACUCGAGUUGGUUAACAAUCCACCAGUGAUGUUCUUUGAUGAACCCACAUCCGGUUUGGAUAGUUCAACGUGUUUCCAGCUAAUUUCUUUGCUCAAAUCGUUGGCACGUGGCGGUCGCACUAUCGUUUGCACCAUUCACCAGCCGUCGGCGCGUCUCUUUGAAAAGUUCGAUCACUUGUACAUGCUCGCCGAGGGCCAGUGCAUGUACGAAGGACGCGUACGCGGCCUGGUGCCAUUCCUCUCGUCGCUCGGCUACAACUGCCCUUCAUAUCACAAUCCGGCCGAUUACGUGCUGGAAGUAGCCAGCGGCGAGUAUGGCGAAUCUGUGCAAAAGCUGGUGGCGGCGGUCAAAAGCGGCGAGUGCAAGAAAUUCAGUCACAAAGAUUACGGCUUAACGGCCGUGCGCGGCAUUGCCAAUGACAUUGUCAAAGGUGACAAUGACUGCAACAACUCCAACAGCACAAGUACGAACAAUGCAACACUAACGGCAACUACAACCCUAACACUGGAGGAUGAAAAAUGCAAAAUGGAUGAAAUGUCCAGCACUUUAAUAUCACAUUCGAACGCACUCAAUAAUCCCAUCUUGGAGACGCAACAAUCACAACUAUCCGACUGCACAGUGAUCAAUUUGAACAUUCCAAACAGCAACAAUGACAAUGGCAACUCCAACAGCGGACUGGCCUACAGCUGCAGCUUCAGUUCGAAGGGCGGACAAGUUGCGCUCACCGGCGCUGCAGAGAAAGCAGCCACCGCCGGUUGCACCACCUCGCUAUUGGACUCACACGAAAGUGUUCUUACGCUGCCCAACAGCUCGGGCUUCCCCACCAGCGGCUGGACGCAGUUCUGGAUACUGUUGAAGCGCUCGUUUGUGACCAUCAUGCGCGAUCGUAUGCUGACACAUAUGCGUUUGGCCUCGCACAUCAUUGUCGGCGCUAUUAUCGGCAUGAUAUACUACGAUGUGGGCAAUGAAGCUUCGAAGGUGAUGAGCAAUGCGGGUUGUAUCUUCUUCACCACGCUAUUCACCAUGUUCACGGCGAUGAUGCCGACGAUAUUGACGUUUCCUACUGAAAUGUCGGUGUUUGUGCGAGAGCACUUGAACUAUUGGUACUCGCUGAAGGCAUUCUACUUUGCCAAGACAAUGGCUGAUCUGCCCUUUCAGAUCGUCUUCUCCAGCGUCUAUGUGAUUGUCGUCUACUAUUUGACCUCCCAACCCAUGGAGUGGAUGCGCAUCUCGAUGUUCGUCUUCAUUUGCGUGCUGACCUCGCUGGUGGCGCAGUCGCUCGGCCUGCUCAUCGGUGCUGGCAUGAAUAUCGAAGCUGGCGUCUUUCUCGGCCCCGUCACUACAAUACCGACCAUACUCUUCUCCGGCUUCUUCGUUAACUUCGACACCAUACCGGGCUACCUGCAGUGGGUAACCUAUGUUAGCUACGUGCGCUAUGGUUUCGAAGGCGCCAUGGUGUCGAUAUAUGGCAUGGACCGUGCCAAAUUGGAGUGCCAUGAAAUGUACUGCCAUUUCCGCAGUCCCAAGAAGUUCUUGGAGGAGAUGUCGAUGGACAAUGCCGAGUACUGGAUAGAUGCGGUGGCACUGCUCGGCACCUUUGUGGUGCUACGUAUUAUCGCGUACUUCGUGCUGCGCUGGAAGCUACAUCUCAUACGCUAAGCGCUCGUAGCAUAUGCAUAUAUAUAGUAUAUAGUUGUACGGUGUAAUUAUAUUAUGUAUAUCUAUGUUAUGUAUUUAUAGGUUCCAUAAGCAUUUCGCGCUGAUUUCAGUUUGUUUGAGAUCAUACGUUUAAUGUGUGUGUGUGUUUUUUAUACCAUAUAUAUUGAACUUGAUAUUAUUUAGCGUCCUGAAUUGAUAUAAAUAUAUUUUAUUAUUGUAGAAUUUUUACGCAUACGGAUUACGUAAUUUACAAGUAAACAAAUAACAGUACUCUUUGUAUGUAUGUGUAUAUAUUAAGAUGCAUGCUUGCUUGUGGUGCUUUAAUUUUCUUUCCACCCCCCACUUUAGUUACUACAUAAGAAGUACUAUGGCAACAAGUUGGCAUAUUUGUAAGAUUAGCGCAUAAAUAGCUUGAAAUAUUAUUGUAGGAAACAUUAGAUUUUCAAUAAAACACUACAAACUAAAAA